CGCCAUUUUCCUUGUUGUUUCUCUUUCGCCAGGAUAUUUCAACAAACUUGGAUACAUGCAUUUUAAACAAAUAUUCACAAUAAUCACUUUAAAGGCCCACCUUCCCUUUAUUGAAGGAGAAGGGGUAUUUAUUGAAGUUGUUUGUUUCGCUUUCUGAGGAAAGUUCCUGAUUAGGCGACCAUGUACAUCAAACAGGUCAUCAUUCAGGGGUUCCGAAGUUACAGGGACCAGACUGUGGUGGAUCCUUUCAGUCCAAAGUCCAAUGUCAUCGUGGGAAGAAAUGGAUCGGGAAAAAGUAACUUUUUCUACGCCAUUCAGUUUGUGCUCAGCGAUGAAUUCAGCCAUCUUCGCCCCGAACAGCGCCUGGCCUUGCUCCAUGAGGGAACUGGUCCUCGUGUCAUCUCAGCUUUUGUGGAGAUUAUAUUUGACAAUUCUGACAACAGGUUGCCGAUCGACAAAGAGGAGGUAUCCCUCCGCCGUGUCAUCGGCGCCAAGAAGGACCAGUACUUCUUAGACAAGAAGAUGGUGACUAAAAAUGACGUCAUGAACCUCUUGGAGAGUGCUGGUUUCUCCCGUAGUAACCCCUACUACAUCGUCAAGCAGGGGAAGAUUAACCAGAUGGCUACAGCCCCUGAUUCCCAGCGUCUGAAGCUGCUGCGUGAGGUUGCAGGAACCAGGGUGUACGACGAGCGCAAGGAGGAGUCCAUCUCCCUCAUGAAGGAAACGGAGGGUAAGAGAGAGAAGAUCAAUGAGCUGCUGAAGUACAUUGAGGAGCGUCUCCAGACCCUGGAGGAUGAGAAGGAGGAGCUGGCUCAGUACCAGAAGUGGGACAAGAUGAGGAGGGCUCUUGAGUACACUAUCUAUAACCAGGAGCUCAACGAGACACGUGCCAAGCUGGACGAGUUGUCCUCCAAGAGAGAGACCUGUGGAGACAAGUCCAGACAUCUGAGAGAUGCCCAGCAGGAUGCCAGAGACAAAGUAGAGGAGACAGAGCGUGUGGUGCGUGAGAAGAAGUCUAAGAUCAGUGCCAUGAAGGAGGAGAAGGAGCAGCUGAGCUCAGAGAGACAGGAGCAGAUUAAACAGAGGACCAAGCUGGAGCUCAAAUCCAAAGACCUGCAGGAGGAGCUGGCCGGCAACAGCGAACAGAAGAAACGUCUGCUGAAGGAGCGGCAGAAGCUGCUAGAGAAGAUAGAGGAGAAGCAGAAGGAGCUGCAGGAGACUGAGCCCAAGUUCAACACUGUGAAGGAGAGGGAGGAGAGGGGCAUCGCCAGACUGGCCCAGGCCACCCAGGAGAGAACAGACCUGUACGCCAAGCAGGGCCGUGGCAGCCAGUUUACUUCUAAAGAGGAGAGGGACAAGUGGAUCAAGAAGGAACUCAAGUCCCUAGACCAGGCCAUCAAUGACAAGAAGAGGCAGAUUGCUGCCAUUCAUAAAGACCUGGAGGACACUGAGACCAACAAGGAGAAGAACCUGGAACAGUAUAGUAAACUGGACCAGGACCUGAAUGAGGUGAAGACCAGGGUGGAAGAGCUGGACAAGAAAUACUACGAAGUCAAGAAUAAGAAGGACGAGCUGCAGAGCGAGAGAAACUAUCUGUGGCGGGAGGAGAACGCUGAGCAGCAGGCCCUGGCAGCCAAACGAGAGGAGCUGGAGAAGAAACAACAGCUCCUUAGAGCAGCCACCGGCAAGGCCAUUCUGAACGGUAUUGACAGCAUCAACAAGGUGCUGGAGCAUUUCCGCAGAAAGGGGAUCAACCAGCACGUCAUCAACGGUUACCAUGGCAUCGUCAUGAACAACUUUGAGUGUGAGCCCGCCUUUUACACCUGUGUGGAGGUCACCGCGGGAACCAGGUUGUUUUACCACAUAGUGGAGACAGACGAGGUGAGCACCAAGAUCCUGACGGAGUUCAACAAGAUGAACCUGCCUGGAGAGGUCACCUUCCUGCCCCUCAGCAAGCUGGACGUCAGGGACACCGCCUACCCUGAGACCAACGAUGCCAUCCCCAUGAUCAGCAAGCUGCGCUACAGCCAGCAGUUUGACAAGGCCUUCAAGCACGUGUUUGGAAAGACACUGAUCUGUCGUAGCAUGGAAGUGUCCACCCAGCUGGCCAGGGCAUUCACCAUGGACUGUAUAACACUGGAGGGUGACCAGGUGUCCCACCGCGGAGCGCUGACAGGGGGUUACUAUGACACCAGGAAGUCACGUCUGGAGCUGCAGAAGGACAUGAGGAAGGCUGAGGAGGAGCUGGGAGAGCUAGAGGCCAAACUCAACGAAAACCUCCGCAGGAACAUCGAACGUAUCAACAAUGAGAUCGACCAGCUGAUGAACCAGAUGCAACAGAUUGAGACCCAGCAGAGGAAGUUCAAGGCCUCCAGAGACUCCAUCCUGUCUGAGAUGAAGAUGCUCAAGGAGAAGAGGCAGCAGUCCGAGAAGACGUUCAUGCCGAAGCAACGUUCACUGCAGUCUCUAGAGGCCAGUCUCCAUGCCAUGGAGUCCACCAGGGAGUCUCUGAAGGCUGAGCUGGGGACAGACCUGCUCUCUCAGCUCAGUCUGGAGGACCAGAGACGUGUGGAUGACCUCAACGACGAGAUCAGACAGCUGCAGCAGGUAAGGAGACAGUUAAUGAAAGACUACAGGGGGAACAAGUUUAAACGGGGGCACUGUGUGGAUAUAUGGUUGUAUGUGGUGUUUGAAUGGCUGGAUAGCUGGAUGUUUUUACCUACUGUUAAGACCUUGAUGUCGAAAUCAGACCACUCCAACAUGUAAACAUUACAGCUAGAG